UUUUUUAUUAAUAUUAGAAAAUUGAAUACGUAAUUACGUAAACGUAGCAGAAGAAAUCGUUUUAAUUUUAUUAUUACGCGAUCAUUGACGAGGUUGAAGUGUAACGUCCAUCUUGUUUUUAUGAGCUUCGGAUUUCAUCGUUUGGUCAAUCAAAAUGGCGCCAAAUUAUCUUUUAAAAGUUAAAACGAUUUGAAAGAAGAUAUUUAAUGAUAAAUAUGUUUUUAUUCGAUAAUUUAAGAAGUUUUAAUGAGGCCCGAUUCGAUCUUUAUAUACGAUUACGUUAAGUGAGUAUCGAAGAUGAAUUAUUUACGUGUAACAGUUUACCCAGUUUUUUAUGCUCAAUUUUCGACAGAUGUUACAUAUACUGGGAAGCCGUUGAUGUCCAUUCAAAGAAAUUAAAUCCGAAAUGACAUCUCCUACCAGACCCAAAAGGAAGUGUGAAAUCUUUGAAGAGAAAGGUACAUCUGGAAAAAAAAGAAAAAGAAAAAUAAGUGCAAGUGAAGAUGAAGAUAGUAGAGGAACAUUAUCUUCAAAGGGUUAUAAUGGGCCAUCAUUAUCAAAAAUCUAUAACAGUUCAUACAGAAAUAAUAAACCAGCUGAGUUAUUUCGGAAAGAUCUCAUUAGUGCAAUGAAACUUCCUGAUAAUGAGCAACUUUAUCCAGAAGAUUAUUGGGUAAUUUCUGACUCUUGGAAAUUAGAAUGGGAGAGAGGAGUUCAAGUACCUGUUAAUCCUGAUUUGAUUCCUGCUGCAAGUACUAAAUUUAGAAAUAAGUACACUAGAAAAAAAGAAAAAGGAGAUUUUAAAAUUCCCAAGAAAUAUAUAAAAUGUACUCCUGAUAAAUUCUCAAAUGAAUGGCAUACAAUGAGUGUUGCAGUAACUGAUGCUGAAGGUGUUUGUCGCUAUGACUUAGAUGAUUUAGAUGUACAGUGGCUCAAAAUAUUAAAUGAAGAAAGAGAAAACUGUGGUCUUUAUCCAGUAGAUGAAGCAACAAUAGAGUUAAUUAUAGAAAAAUUAGAAAUUGAUAGUAAACUCAAGCAACAUCAAUGUGAUAUAAGGAAAGAUAGCUCUUCUAUAUUAACAGCUUUUGCUUCCUAAUAAGAUAAUACAGUUUUAUAAGAUUGAGUAUCCAUCAUCAAAAAAGUUUGACUAUCUACUAAGCUUCCAGAAGUUAUUGAAAUUUAUGGAUAAGGUCUUAAGAUCUUGUGUAAAUCAGAGAUAAAGAUUUCCACUAUGUGGUUCAUUCUAUAUAAUGUUGACUCUUUACAAGUGUUUAUUUUCUGUAGAUGAAUAUACUUAUUAUAUAUUUAGCCAGUAUUCAUUUUUACUGUUUUGUUAUUAUUU